CCCCCCCCCCCCCUCUCUCUUUUUUCUCUCUGAGUAAGCUAACGAGUAACAACUCUAUUUCUUUAAAAAUCCAUUCCCCAUAUAACGGCAUAUUCUCUCUCUCUCUCUCUCUCUCUCACUAAAUUCCCAAGAAACAACCAUUGAUCUUUGUUUUCGCUUUCGUUUUCAUUGAACUUGUGUGACAGGAAAAACAAUACUUGAAUCUUUUUAUUUUUUUGAUUUUUUUAGAAUUGGAGUUUUGAGGUUUAUUAUUGUGCAUUUUUCGAUUUUUUUAAGAGACUUUGAGGAAUGGUGGUUAAGAUGAUGAAGUGGCGGCCCUGGCCGCUGUCGGGUCCCCGGAAGUACCAGGUGAGACUGGUGGUCCAGAAGAUGGAGGGGUGGGAUCUGGUGCAUGAGGGUGGAGAGGACAAGGGAAGGAAUUCAGAGAAAUUAACUGUGGAGAUUCGAUGGAAGGGUACGAAAUUUGCGCUGAGUCCUUUGAGGAGGACGGUGAAGAGGAAUUUCACCAAAGAAGUGGAGGUUUUUGGUGGGGAAAACGGUGUCGUUGGAUGGGAUGAGGAGUUUCAGAGUCUAUGUACUCUAUCGCCACAGAAGGACAAUGUGUUUCAUCCUUGGGAGAUCGCUUUCACAGUUCUCAAUGGUAUGAACCGAGGUCUGAAAAACAAGGUUUCUGCUGUUGGAACUGCAAUGCUAAACCUUGCUGAAUAUGCUUCUGCUGCUGAACAGAAAGAGUUGGAAUUAAGGCUACCUCUCUUGCUUCCUGCUGGUGCAGCUGAGCCUCAGCCUGUGCUAUGUAUAUCACUUAGCUUAUUGGAAUUGAGAACUGCUCCUGAAGCCACAGAGCCGUUGCAGAGAGCAAUAGUUCCUGUUUCCUCUCCACCUCAAUCAGGAGAAACAGUCUCAACUGAGAAGGAUGAGCUAUCUGCAAUUAAAGCUGGCCUCAGGAAGGUUAAGAUUUUUACAGAUUAUGUUUCCACCAGGAGAGCAAAAAAGGCUUGCCAUGAGGAAGAGGGAAGUGAAGGCAGGUGCUCUGCUAGAAGUGAGGAAGGCGAGUAUAACUAUCCACUUGACUCAAAUUCAAGUGAUGAUUUUGAGGAAGGAGAAUCAGAUGAUAUCAAGGAGGAUUCUACUGUUAGGAAGUCAUUCAGUUAUGGCACACUGGCUUAUGCAAAUUGUGCUGGAGGAUCAUUUCAAUCUGAUAUGAGCAAAAAUGGUGAAAAUGAAGAUUGGGUUUACUACAGCAAUCGGAAGUCAGAUGUGGGUUCCUCACACAUUGACGAUUUAACUCAAAUCUCUGAGCCAUCUGUAUUGCAAAGCUCAAGGCGUAGCAUACUAUCUUGGAGAAAGAGGAAAUUGAGCUUUAGGUCACCUAAGACCAAAGGAGAGCCAUUGCUGAAAAAGGCAUAUGGAGAAGAAGGUGGAGAUGAUAUUGAUUUUGAUCGUCGGCAGCUUAGCUCUGACGACAAUGGUGCUCUUGUGCCUCAUAAAGCAGAUGAAGAUUCAUCUGCAAAUCGAUCAUCAGUUUCUGAUUUUGGAGAUGACAAUUUUGCUGUGGGCAGUUGGGAAAGCAAAGAAAUAAUAAGUCGCGAUGGGCACAUGAUGCUUCAAACAGAGGUCUUUUUUGCUUCCAUUGACCAAAGAAGUGAGCAGGCAGCAGGGGAGAGUGCAUGUACAGCACUCGUUGCGGUAAUUGCUGAUUGGUUUCAGAACAAUCUCGACAUCAUGCCGAUCAAAUCUCAAUUCGAUAGUUUGAUCAGAGAAGGAUCACUGGAAUGGAGAAACCUAUGUGAGAAGGAGACCUACAGGGAGCAAUUUCCAGACAAGCACUUUGAUCUUGAAACUGUCCUCCAAGCCAAAAUACGUUCGCUUUCUGUUGUUCCUGGAAAGUCCUUCAUUGGAUUUUUCCAUCCAGAUGGGAUGGAUGAAGGAAGAUUUGACUUUCUGCUUGGUGCUAUGUCCUUUGAUAAUAUUUGGGAUGAGAUUAGUGGCACUGGAUCAGAACAUCCGAGCAAUGACGAACCUCAGGUCUACAUCGUAAGCUGGAAUGAUCAUUUUUUCAUCCUCAAGGUUGAACCAGAAGCUUACUAUAUUAUCGACACGUUAGGAGAAAGACUCUAUGAGGGGUGCAAUCAGGCAUAUAUUUUGAAAUUUGACAGCAAUACAGUUAUUCGCAAAUUGCCAAAUGUUGCUCAGCCAUCCGAUGAGAAAACACUGGCUGAUCAGCCUGUCGUGGCAGUUGAUGUGGAACCCAAGGAUCAGCAGGUGAACAAGGAGGAGGCUUCUGUCUCAGGUGCAGUUGUAAUCAAGCCUCAGGAACCAAUGAAGAGCGAGGAGGAAGGAGAGGUGGUUUGCCAAGGAAAAAACUCUUGCAAGGAGUAUAUAAAGAGCUUCUUGGCUGCAAUUCCAAUCCGGGAAUUGCAGGCGGAUAUUAAGAAGGGUUUAAUGGCAUCAACACCUCUUCAUCACCGUUUGCAGAUUGAGUUCCACUAUACCCAGCACUUACAAGCAUUGCCAGAAACUCAUGCAGCGGCGGCAGCAGCAAUGCCAAUGGUAGCACCGUUGGAAUCCAAUGAAGUUGCAAUAGAAUAGUUUACUGCAUAGAGACUUAAGUGUAAAUUUUAGCAAGUGUGAUUAGCCUAACUUGUUUUUAUUUGUUAAUGGAUUUCGUAUGACGUGAAUGGGAUAUUAACAAAGAGGAAACUAUAUCAGCUUUUUGAUGAGUUUGCAAGAGAAAGGGUUGUGUUUCUUCUAAUCUGUUCUUGAAAUGGAACUGUCUUUAUUUUUCAUAUA